UUGCACACUCGAGACUCGAGACGACACUGCCCACACACUUCACGUAGAGAGAGGAAUACAGUACAAAAUAAUCGUGAAAUAACUUCAAAAUAUAUAAAAAUGGUGCUCGAUAUCAAGAUGUGCCGCUUUGACAAUGUGCCCUGGGGCUUUCGGCUGGUGGGCGGCGCGGACUACGAUUACCCCCUAACGGUUGUUAAGGUGACCGAGGGGAGUAUUGCCGAUGAGGCUGGACUGCGGGUGGAGGACAUCAUUGUGCGCAUCAAUGACACCGCUGCCAUGCCCCUCACCCAUGACGAGGCCCACCGCCUCAUAAUGAACAGUGGCAGCGUCUUCUACUUUGGCGUCUACCGCGAGCUCGAGGAGGAUGUGUACGAGUGCCCCAAGCGGUUUCCCACCAGCGAGAGUUCGUUGACCAAGUCCCCCACUCCAACACCGCCGCUGUCACUGUCUCCGACUCCGUCGCUGCUCCGGCUGGCGGAAGCCGCAAAUGCUCGCACUCCGGAACUCUGGUCGGAGCCCGUUCCCCCUGUGGCGGGGGAACGUCGCCAAGCCAUGUCGGAAGUGCAUUCGGAAGACAAUCGCGAGGAUGGAGGAGCCCGAGCCGGAGCCCGAGCCGGAGCCGGAGCCGGAGCCGGAGCCCUGCCAGAAGAAGCUCCCAACGACGGGCGGCUGUAUUUGCCCGAAUUACCCGAUCGUCCGUGUUCGGCGCUGUCAGAGCGGGCGGAAAUUAAGCUGGUGGAGGAGGAAAUUGCCGCCGUGCUGUCCGGCGAGACGGAGGUGCUCAAGGAGCACAGUGUCCUGGGCGUCAAUUUCUACAGGCUCUUCCCCAAGCCGGGCGUCUGCAUGGCCAGCGAUGUGCUGCGUUCCCUCAACGAGGAGGUGACCAAGACGAAACUGGAGAAGGACAAGGAGAACCGCAAGUGGUCCACCUUCCUGCAGCGGCCCGACCGUCCAGUGCCCAAGAGCAAGCAGCAGCUGGAGGCCGAGCGUCGGGCGGCCAAUGCCUACAAGGUGAAAAUUGUCAAGUCCGCGCCCCGCGGCGCCUCUCCCAUGCCGGAAACUAAGCCGGCGCCAAAGGAAGCGACGCCGCCAGAGCCAGAGCCAGUCAAGGAGGAGGAGCCACCCAAAGACGAGGAGAAGCAGAAGGAGGAGGAGGAGGAGCCACUGCCCACCGACAGCGAAGUGCCGAAUUUGGAACAGUUGCCGGGUAGUGACCCGCAGGAGCAGGGGGAGGAGCAGCAGGAGAAGGCCGAUGCCCCAAAGGAGGUUUCCGACGGCCUAACCGAGGCGGAAGCACCGCCUGUGGCUAGCGAUGAGUCCACUGAGCCGGGCUCCCCGUCUGGUGGUGCCGCUGCUGCAGCCGAAACUGAAACACCUGCAUCCCCUGCAUCUCCCCCUGCCCCUGUCCCAGUCACACCACCCAAAACCGAGGAGGAACAAGCCCUGGAGCGGCAGCUGGCCGAUGUGCAGAAGCAGUUAGCCGCACUCUCCACUUUGCCCUCGACCAUACAGUCAACGCUGGACGCGGUGACCAAGCAGUUGGCCGACCUGCUGCCCACAUUCAAGCUCCAGCAGCAGCCGCAGUCCAUGCCACAAAUCGAUGAAGGCCUGGGCGAGGAGGGAGAGGCCGACGGGGAUGGGAAACCCGGAUCCCAAACGGCCGCAGGCGAAAUGGAGGAUGCAGGCAAAGCCGUAUCCAUAUCUGGGGCCGACAAGCCACUGGGGCCAUGUGAAAAUAAUGAGGAUAGAUGCGAUGCCAAUGACCUGGAAGUGGCGGAAAUUUCGCGCUCAACUGACGACAAUCGCCAGGCGGACCAGAAGGCCGGAAAAACUCAUGAACGAGAGCGGGAACAGGAACAGGAGCUCAGCGAUGAGCAGAGCUUCAAGAAGCAGAAGAAACACGAUGUCAUUGAGGAGCUCGAGGAGCAUUUGGUGCGCAAAAACAAUCCCAGGCGGUCGAAGCGGGCCUUUGGGCCCCUGGUCCCAUCAUCGGAGCGACCACUGGUGCUGCCCGGCGGACGGCGCUGGUAUCGGCCCAAGGAUGCCUACAACGAUGAAUUCAUAGCCGAGACACUGAGCGCCCAGGCGGAACUCAUCACGGGCAGCACUCUCGGGGUCAACUUCAUGAAGUACCAGAAGCCGGAGCGCAAAAUCGAUCUGAAUCGCAGCGAGGUGUACAAGUAUCUCAAUCCGCAUCUGGAUCGGGCGCCCGUGCGUGGCAUCGAAGUGCGUGCCCCUCUGGUGGCCGCCGAGUCCGACAUACGCCAGUCACUGCAGUCAUAGGAAAGGACUGUUGUCUAUCUAUCUAUUUAUCUAUCUAUCUAUCUCCCUGAAUCUAUCUCUCCAGUGCCCACUUAUGUAGCCAUACGAUUUAUCUUCGCCUCGUCCCUCAGCACAGACCUUGCCACACUCGAUUAUCGCAUAAGAAGCUCAACUCAAAUAUAACUAUCAAUAUGCUAACAGAAA